CGGCAUGGCCGGGGGCGGCGGCGCGGAGCGGGCCCGGCCCGGGGGGCUCCUGCCGCCCUCCUGCCGCCAGCCCCGCCGCAGGGAGGGCCGGGAGCGGCUGUCGGUGUGCAGCAAGCUGUGCUACGCCGUCGGGGGAGCUCCCUACCAGAUCACGGGCUGCGCGCUCGGCUUCUUUCUCCAGAUCUACCUCCUGGACGUGGCUCAGCUGGACCCUUUCUAUGCCUCCAUCAUCCUGUUUGUGGGGCGAGCCUGGGAUGCCAUCACAGACCCCAUGGUGGGCUUCUUCAUCAGCAAAACAUCAUGGACCCGCUUUGGCCGCCUGAUGCCCUGGAUCAUGUUCUCCACCCCAUUUGCUGUCAUCUCCUACUUCCUCAUCUGGUUUGUCCCCGACAUCUCCAGCGGCCAAGUGAUGUGGUACCUUGUCUUCUACUGCAUCUUCCAGACCCUCGUGACGUGCUUCCACGUGCCCUACUCGGCGCUGACCAUGUUCAUCAGCAGGGAGCAGAGCGAGCGGGACUCGGCCACCGCCUACCGUAUGACAGUGGAAGUGCUGGGCACCGUGCUGGGCACUGCCAUCCAGGGCCAGAUUGUGGGCAAGGUGGUUCCUCCCUGCAUUGAGAGCCCCCCCUUCAUCGGCAAGACCAACUCCUCGGUGGCCAUGGAGGAGCUGAACAUGACCCGUGACACUGGCUCGCUCACCGACACGAGAAACGCCUACAUGAUCGCGGCGGGGGUCAUUGGGGGGCUCUACAUCCUCUGUGCUGUGAUCCUGUCGGUGGGCGUGCGGGAGAAGAGAGAGGCCUCUGAGCUCCAGUCGGACGAGCCUGUCUCCUUCUUCCAGGGGCUGAAGCUGGUGAUGAACCACAGUGCCUACAUCAAGCUCAUUGCUGGCUUCCUCUUCACUUCUCUGGCCUUCAUGCUGCUGGAGGGCAACUUUGCCCUUUUCUGCACCUACACCCUGGGCUUCCGCAAUGAGUUCCAGAACAUCCUCCUGGCCAUCAUGCUCUCGGCCACCUUGACCAUCCCCCUCUGGCAGUGGUUCCUCACCCGCUUUGGGAAGAAGACAGCUGUCUACGUGGGCAUCUCGUCUGCCAUCCCCUUCCUCAUCAUGGUGGCUGUCCUGGACAGUAACCUCAUCGUCACCUACAUCGUGGCCGUUGCAGCUGGGAUCAGUGUGGCCGCUGCCUUCCUCCUGCCCUGGUCCAUGCUCCCAGAUGUCAUAGAUGACUUCAAGCUGCAGCACCCUGACUCCCAUGGCCAUGAAGCCAUCUUCUUCUCCUUCUAUGUUUUCUUCACCAAGUUCACCUCUGGGGUCUCACUGGGCAUCUCCACACUCAGCUUAGACUUUGCAGGCUACCAGACCCGAGGCUGCUCCCAGCCCAAUGAGGUGAACAUCACUCUGAAGAUGCUGGUGUCAGCUGUGCCCGUGGGCCUGAUCCUGCUGGGCCUGCUCCUCUUCAAGCUGUACCCCAUCGAUGAGGAGAAGCGGAGGAAAAACAAGAAAGCCCUGCAGGACUUAAGGGGAGAGAGCAACAGCAGCAGCUCGGAUUCAGACAGCACAGAACUGGCCAGUAUCGUGUGACCCUGGGCUGGGUCCCUCUGCUCACACCUGGGGUUCCCCAAGGACUCAGACUUUUGGGACGACACCUCCAAGGCUGGACCAGCCUGUGGUACCACUGUAGGUGUGCACCAGAGAGGAGCACCUGGAGGAGCCACGCUGAGCCUCCCACCACCUCCAGCACCAGAUCUGUGCCGGUCUUGUGCCUCCCACGGGAUCCACAGAGCACCCGUAGUGUACAUUACACAGACUGACCCGUGGCACUCGUGUGUGUGCCUCACCAGAAGCAAGCACUGUUCCCUGCUGGAUCCUGGAAGAGCAGAAAAGCCUGGAGAAGGAUCUGUUUCUGCUCCUCACACUCUGGUGCCCACUGCCCGACCCCCUGUGGGGCUGGGGGUAAUGGUUAGUGUACAUUACACUGUCAAUGUGACCGCGCCAAGGACGUGAGCUCACCUCUGCUGCCUGUACAUACUACACUAAUUUGGAAAGCUGUUCCUGUUCUUUUUUUUUUAUAUAGAGCCUAAUUAACUUAAUGAUGUAAAUAUGAAGCUAUUUCCUAUUUGUAUUUAUCUGUACAGAAACCAAACUCGAGAAUCUAUUAAUAUGAAUUUCCAUAAAAGCGGGGGAAGGCA